UUGAAUAAUGCGCGAAACUUGGCGGAGUAUAUUCCCGCAUUUUAUUCCCCCGUCCAACCGCGAGGAACGGAGAGAAUAUCCGCGUAAUUUGGUUUGGUGGCGGGGGAUCUCCUCCUGACCGGUGAAUUGAAGAUUGAACCCCGGAUCCCGGAUCAAUUAGCGGGGAAAGGAGCGCAACAGGCUUCCGAAAAAUUAGUUUCACCUGUACCACAGUAGCAGUAACACAAGAGCAAACACAAACAUAUCCUUGCACACAGACACAAUUGUGUUUUCAGUGAGAUAUAAACUGUUAUAAAAAAGAGAAAUUAUUUCAAAGUUAAUUUCAUCUUGUGUCUUCAAAUUAGAUAUAAAGAUUCUCUACUCGGUUGAGUUUGCAGAAUGCUUUUCUCUGGUAUUCUGGUGGUCUAAUCUUCUAACCAGUGAUUCAUAAGUUUACACCAUUUCUCUCUCAGUAGCAGGACUGGACUGGGGGGGCCACACCCUGUCUCUGCGCCCCCCUUUGGCCCCCUGGGCCGCAGAUAUGGAACACAACGGGAACUCCCGGAGUCCUCAACCCCUACCGUACACUAUGCAUGGUACGGACGCUGUCCGUAUCCCCGGCCUAGCGGCAGACAUCUCCCAGCAGAUUGCCAAGUACGACAGCAGUGAGUUCGACGACGACAAGGAGGUCCAGGGCGGUGAUGCUGAGGGUGUUUGGGCUCCUGAUAUUGAACAAAGCUUCCAGGAGGCUCUAGCUAUAUACCCUCCUUGUGGACGCAGGAAAAUUAUAUUGUCAGACGAAGGGAAAAUGUACGGACGUAACGAGCUGAUAGCACGGUAUAUCAAAUUAAGAACUGGAAAAACGAGAACGAGGAAACAGGUUCGUUUUUUAAGAUAUGUUUUUCUUUACAUUUAUUUGAACACGUUGAUUUUUAAACUUGUUAAUCAACUCCUGGUUCCAGGUCAGGGUCCAACCUCCUACCUUGAUGCUGCUCAGAGAGAGAAGGCUUUACAAUCCAUGCAGCAGAUGUCAAGUGCUCAGAUUGUCUCAGCUACUGCAAACAUGCAUCCCAGUUACAGGAUGGGUCCUCCUGUCUCCUACGGUGGGUUCUGGCAGCAUCCAGGCCUUGGUCAAACUCAAGAUGUGAAACCGUUUGCUCAGAAUCCAUUCCUUGGAGAUAAACCACCAUCAUCUAUAGGAAUGGGAAUGAGUGCUUUGACCGGCGCAGCUCAACCCACCAGCCCAGCUUGGCAGGGGCGGAGUAUAUCUACACAAAAACUCCGCCUUGUAGAGUUCUCCGCCUUCGUGGAACAGCAAAGGGAACCGGAGACGUAUAACAAACAUUUGUUUGUUCAGAUCGGCGGAGCAAUUACUUACUCAGAUCCUUUACUUGAGCCUGUGGAUGUUCGACAAAUCCAGGACAAGUUCCCGGAGAAGAAAGAAGGCUUGAAAGAUCUGUAUGAGAAGGGUCCUCAGGACGCUUUCUUCCUUGUCAAGUUCUGGGCUGAUCUAAAUACUAGUAUAUCAGAGGACGCAGGAGCAUUUUACGGAGUUACCUCAACAUGUUAUUUAUUUUUAAAACAAUUAUUAAAUAAUAAUUGUUUAAGGUUUGAAGGUGGUAGAUUUCUGUAUAAGCUGCACAGAUCCCCGAUGUGUGAGUACAUGAUCAACUUCAUCUUAAAGCUGAAGCACUUGCCCGAGAAGUACAUGAUGAACAGUGUACUAGAGAACUUUACAAUUUUACAGGUGAUAACCAAUAGAGAUACAGGAGAAACAUUGCUAUGCACUGCAUACGUAUUUGAGGUGUCUACAAGCGAGCAUGGAGCCCAGCAUCAUAUAUACAAACUUAUUAAAGAAUAGAUCAAUCUUAGAUCAGUGUUUUCCUACCACUCAGCUUCUUCUAGUUCUAGAGACACGUAGUGAAAAGUGUGUGUGCUGUUACACUGUUUGAAAUACCUAAAUGGAGAUUAGAACCCUAGUUUAUUAUUGUCAAAGUUUUGUAAAAGUUUCCCCCUAACAUUAAUCUCUCUAGCAAGGGGUGAUUGAUUUGGUAUACUGUGCCGUUUUGCCGUCUAAAGUCUGUACAACGUACAUAUACUGUACUGUACUUGCUCUAACUGCCUAUAAGUCGGUCCAGUACUUCAAUGAACUGGAAUUUACAUUGCCCUCAAUUUGGAUAGGAUCCAGUUUAUAUUUGUUUCAAAUCCCAUUUUUAGUCUUAUACCCACCCUCCUCUCCAAAAUUCUGAUGUACUCUACCGUUGCCAAACGAAAACAUAUCUCAAAUAUUUAUUGUGCGAUUCACUUCUGUUCUUUUGAAGACGCAGGAAAUAAAAAAAAAAAAAUUUAGAUUCAAUAAUUUCUUAUUGUGUUUUAUGUUUAGAUAUUAUUUAAUUAUUUAGAUCUCUGAACCCACCUUAUAUAUUUCUGCUUGUAAACUGCUAGAAUAGAAUAGAUUUAGAAAUAGAAGUGAUGCAAAAAAAAUCGUUAUAAAGGAAAUGUUCGCCAAAAAGGAUCUAGAGUAAAAUGUCAAUAAUAUUUAAAUUAUGAAUUGGCUGAUUUAAAAAAAAUGUAUUAAUGUUUCAUCAUAUGGUCUUAUUUUUUCGCGAACACUCCCUUUAAAUGAAAAAUACUGAUUGAAAAAUAUUUUUUACCUCUGCCACGAAACAGUUUCAAAUUAGACAUAAAAAAAUGAAAAUCCAUUUUAAAUCAAAACAAAAUAAAAUCUGGUUAAAUUUUCUGAUAUAAAUGAAGCAUGGCAGUUCCCUGUGAUCUCUUAUACUAUUAUUUGUAUAAUAUUUUAUGUACCCUUCAUUAAGUAGUGCUUAAUCAAAUUGGAACAAUUGUACAACUGAACUGAACUGAACUGAACUGAACUGAACUGAACUGAACUGAACUGAACUGAACUGAACUGAACUGAACUGAACUGAGAACAGAUAAGUACUGUUUUAUGCGUACAUUGCACUUUUCAAACAUUCCGUCUUUACGAUGCACUCUGUACAGUGUACAGUGUACUAUGUAUAGUCCAUAUCGUACAGUCUAACCCUACAGAGUCUGAAAAUUAAAUCAGGGUAUCAGUUCGAAACCGGGUGCUAGAAACCCAGUUUCAUUAUCGGGAUAAGAAAUUUUAGCUUUUGUGAUAACAAACUACUUAAAUGUUGCGUCUCAAAAACCAAUCUGGGUUUCUUUCAUGAGUCUACGUUCACCGAUAAUUUUGUAGAUUUCUGUGUAUUUUUUAUGUACACUGUACACUGUGCAGUAUUCAGUACAAAGUCUACAAUUUGGCAUGAACAGUUCAAUUGUAAGCACUGUACUAGUUACAUAAUAUAUAGUACACUGAACCGUGGACAGUGCAUAGUGCAGAGCACAGUUCACUGUACAUUUUUACAGUGUCAGGAAUGAAUAGAGUGUAGUUUUUAUGAAUUGUAAAAAAUUAAGAAUUCCUUCUGUUAAGAAAUCUUAAAUAUAUUGUUGUUUACUUAA